AUGCCGCCAUCGACAAGAGCUGGACAGACGGGAAGGGGCGAUGAUGAUCAAACGACCCCAAGCAACGGACAGGAGGAAGGAUGGCUCACGCAGGUAGUCAGGAUCCUCCAGCUGGCGAACCCAGCACUAACGGCCGAGGAAGCAAUCGUACGAGCUAUGGGUCUCAUCAGCAUUAGCAACCAGACCCCGCGCAGGGAAACCGAGAAGAUCCCCAAGGAGGUGUCGAGCGCCAUUGCGCACAUCAAGAAGCUCAGCGACAGCAACUGGCACACUUGGGAACCUACCUUCAUCGACUGCCUCCAAAGAGUACAUAAUGCGAAGGAGAUACUGUAUGGCACGGUAGCGCCUGGAAACGAGGAAUACGACGAAGACUUGGAUAAAGCCCUCGUGGGCCUCAUCCACGCCUGCUGUGACAACAGUCCAGACAGCCGUAUCGACACCUACACCGUCAGGGGAGUGGAUGAAGAAGUCCAACUCGGUAGCACACUCUAUGCCAAACUCAAGAAGGCACUAACGUUGAACGACGCUGUAAAGCGAGCAGGACUGCAGGAUCGUAUUCACACAGUGCGAUUGCACAAUCGAGACGUUGUCAGGCUAGGCAAGGAACUCGAUUCGAUCUGGAACGAUGCGGCACGCCUGGGAAAGCGUUUCGACGAGGACCUCAAGAAAUCAACUCUCUAUCGCUGCACGGCCCAAGACUGGUUCUAUGCCAACACCGUCGACGCACUGAAAACGGCCAGACCAGACUGUAAAUAUGACGAAGCCUACCACGCACUCGCCAAGAAACAGCAGGAUGGUGAGGUCACCGGCCGUAUUAGAGGAGCAGCAAGGGUUGCCACAAGUACGGACCAGGCGGAGCAAGGACCCAGAGGCAGGCGCGAUCCUCGCAACCCCUCGGCCCCUCCAAAGUGCUACGCUUGUGGAGGACCUAACCACAUUGCUCGAAACUGCACGAACACCAACAAUAACCCCGCACCUAUCGACAGGGGCGAGCGAUCAGCAUGCGACACCUGGAUCAUCGAUUCAGGUGCAACCCAUCAUAUGGUAAAUGAUGAGAGAAUGCUGCUCACCUCAACGAACAAGGUCGGCCAAAUCAGUACGGCAGGGGACGAAAAGCUUCAGGUGAAGGCUAUAGGAGAUGCCUCCCUUCGGGUUGGUGAGGCCACCAUCCAACUAUUGGAUGUGCUUUAUGUACCGAAACUGAAUGCUAACUUAUUGUCCGUACAAGGCUUGAUCGAGAAUGGUGCACGAGUAAUCUUUGAUGAGUUUGGAACUACCAUAAAGCAGAACGAUGAGGACAACCAGAACACAGGAAAACUAGAUAAUGCCCCAGAGGGCAAUAAGGACAUGAAGCAUCGAGACAGCUACCUAUGGCAUGAGAGGUUCGGACACCCAGGACGAGACAAAACGAGACAAAUCCGGGCCCAUUACCUAGGUACCGACGAGGAAAUGGAACAUGAGUCGAAGCACUGCAACGCGUGCAGUCAAGGAAAACAGACUCGAGCACGGAUGAGCCAAUCAGAGUCAGAAAGAAUGGAGGCACCAUUAGAGCUGGUACACGUAGACCUGAUGACAGAUUUCAAAGGACAUGCCAACUACCACUACGCACUAGUUGCUGUGGACGACUUCUCCUCUCUAAUCUACGUGGAACCACUCUGCACAAAGAGUGCUGCACUCACGGCGCUGAGAAGGUGGAUAGCCAGGAUGGAACGGGCAACGGACAGGAAACUCAAAACACUCCGCAGCGACAAUGGAGGAGAAUGGUGCAGCAUAGCAGCCGAAGACUGGCAAACUCAAGAGGGUUUUAAGUGGCAAAAGAGCGUCCCGGGGAUCAGCGUCCAAAAUGGACGGGCGGAGAGAGCAAUCAGAUCGGUCCAAGAAAAGAUGCGCUCGAUGCUGAUUGGUCGAGCUUGCCCCAGAGAGUUGUGGCCGUACGCAAUCACAGCAGCAGCACACGUGAUGAACCUUACCCCGUCAGCCACCAAAACCAUUCCCCACGAGGCCUUUUAUGGAACCACCGCGCACAAGCUGGCCCAGCAACUGCGAGUCUUCGGAUGCUUGGCAUGGGUUCAUGUUCAACAGAAGGACCAGCAAGGCAAGCAUGGAGCUAGAGCAAAGCCAGCCAUCAUGAUUGGGUAUGACGACGAACACAAAGCAUGGAAGUUUUGCAACCCGGACCAGCCUGCGUCAAUUCAAUGGAGCAACUCAGCAACGUUCCAUGAGGACAAAGGAUGGAGUGAUCGCCAACAAGAGGCAGUCAGGCCCAUGGUGACCGUGGAGGUCGAGGAGGAGGGUGUCACGCCAGCCAUAGUAGAGGAGGAGACCAGAUCAGAGACUGCAGUGGAGGAUCUCCUACCAGCCGUAGACAGCACAGUGGGUGCCGCCAACACAGCAAUACUGAACCUGGACCCAACGCUUGGGGAAGCAAUGAAUGGUGAGGACGCCCAGCUCUGGAAGGAGGCAAUACGAAAGGAGCUAGAAGGACUUGAGGCAAUGGGGACUUGGGAGGUGGUGCACCAACCACCAGGAGUACCACUUGUGGACUCUAAGGUUGUGCUUCGGCUGAAGCUUGAUGCUGACGGUGUACCUGUUAAGCACAAAGCGCGACUGGUUGCAAGGGGCUUCACACAGAGAGAGGGGAUCGACUACCAAGAAACCUUCUCUCCAGUAGCACCCCUCGGAGCGAUCAGAGCCAUCUUAGCACUAGCAGUGCAGAACAACUGGGAGGUACAUGCUCUGGACAUCACUAUGGCUUACUUGAACUCCACGUUAAAGGAAGCAAUCUACAUGAAGCCGCCAGAAGGAUCAGGAGUAGCACCUGGCAAGGUGUACAAGGUAGUCAAGGGCCUAUAUGGCCUAAAGCAGUCUGGGCGAGAAUGGAAUCAGGAGUUCGACAGGUCUUUGCGACGCAUGGGAUUCUUCCAGGUAGAGUGCGCUCCCUGUAUCUACACCAAGGGACAGGGUGAAGAUAUGGCCAUUGUGGUCAUCUACGUCGAUGAUACAUUAGUCAUAGCACCACGGCUGGAAACGGUCCUAAAGGUUAAGAAGCAGAUUGGUCAGAGAUGGAAGAUGGAAGAUAGUGGUGAGGUCUCUCACUUCUUGGGCAUCAAAAUCAGUCGAGACCAUGCGAUGCGCACCAUGACGAUUGGUCAGUCAGGGUACAUCGACCAAGUGCUGGCAAAGCACCUGGACAAACGUACGAAGCCAACCAUGGUUCCAAUGCAGAGCAUACCGGAGGGAACCCUUGUCGCAAGCGCAGCACAACAGAAGGAGUAUCCGGUGAUUGUUGGCAAGCUGCUCUGGGUUGCCAACAGCACCCGGCCCGACCUUAGUCUCACCGUGGGUGUUCUCGCUAGGCACAUGCGUGAACCAUCGCAGGAGCAUUAUCAGGCAGCACAAAGGGUCUUACGCUACCUCGAAAGCACAAGGCAGGUUGGAUUGGUUUAUAGGGCAAGUGAGUCGCAAGAGCCACUGGUUGCACACAGCGAUGCAAACUGGGCAAGCGAUGCCACCAUACAGAGAAGAAGCACAUCGGGGUCAGUGGCAUUAGUGUACGGGAAUCCAGUAGCCUGGAAGUCAGCGACACAAAAAUGCGUGUCAUUGUCCGCUGUCGAGGCAGAGUUCAUUGCAGCCACGGAAGCAACACGUGAGGUGCUCUUCCUCAAGCAACUGCUACGCUCAAUUGGCAUUGCCACAGGCACACCGACGGUCUACUCGGACAACACUGGUUGCAUACAGGUUAGUAAGGACCCAGCACAGCACUGGAAGCUUAAGCACAUCGACACCAAGUAUCACUUCGUCCGUAACAACGUACAAGAGGGAAGGGUGCAGAUCAAGUACGUAGACACCACAAGAAACUUGGCAGACGUACUCACGAAGCCCAUUGGGAGGCAGGCAAUGCAGCAAGCAAGAUCUGGGCUACACCUGCAAAUACCGGCAGCAGUGUACGGAACGGGGUCCCCGAGCUAUGCGACAGUGUUGAAGAACGGAGGCCACACCUUGAAGCAACAGCAUAAUGAACAGGGUACAUAUGCUGUUGAGGGGGGGAGUUGA